CCACACUGUACGUUGACAUGGUAUGGAGACAUACAGUGUUUUCUUUUUGUUUGUUUAUAUUGACAUUUGCUGAUGGGGCUCAAUGCCCUUUAUUGUCAGCUUCUUUUUUAUUUAAUGUAAUGGAUACGCCUGUUUAUUCCAUGUGCAGUGGGUGUGUGCUUAUUGUUGAGAAUCCGGCGCUGUCGCUGAAGAUCUCCAUUUUGACGGUCUGAGCGUCAUGAUUACCCGCCAUACUCGCAUUUUCAGUGGGGAGAACCCUGACCAACGGCAUCCAUUGAUAAGGCAGAAGAGGAGAAAAAUAGUGGAAAUAGGACUAAAACAUUAUGCAUUGCUGGCCUUACUACACUUGGCGCCGCCUCCUUUGUUCGGGAGGGAAGAAGGGAAAUACUCAUCUGCUGGUUCAAGGAUUUAUAAGGAAAAUGUUUAUGAAAGACUGAAGGUGAAUUUGGCAUCUCUAAGCAAGCCAAGAAGCUUUCUUCAUAAUCAUGUGGUUGCUUCUCCACCCAGCCAUCAUACACACAGUACAGAGUGUAUCAAAGCUACAGGGGACUUAUAUGGUUUGCUAAUAAAUGAGAUAAUAACUGCAGUUAAAAGUGGAAUAACAUCAGUGUAAGUAAUUAAAUUACACCUGGAAAAGUUGUGACUGCAAAUUUCAGUGUAAGCACCACACCAAAUCAUAAUGGAAUUUUUCAUCCAACAGACAAAAUAAUUAAAAACGAAAUACAAGGUGUUUGAAAAAGAACACCCUAGCUUUAAUGUGUCCUAGAAUCUGUAUGAAGUGACAUACACUAUUCUAGUUUGUGGUGUUUGAUUCAUCAACUCUCCAAGUUUGGCUCUUGAGACACCACCAGUGCCGAUUUCUUCUUCUGUUCCCCGAGUUCAGUCCAAGCGUGCUUGCAUGCGUGCAGUGCAACUCAGCAACAAUGUGUACUCCGCAACAGAAAGCACAGUGUGUUUUUUUUUUGUGAAAACUGAGUCAGUUAUAGCAGUGUAACGUAAUUUUAGACAUCAGUAUGGUGGUGAACCACCUACAGCAAAAACUUGGAAACGGUAGUGUUUUAAAAGCAAAAUCACCAGGUAGACCAAGAACCCCUGAAGAUGAUGAUGAAGAUCUGUGUUUCGUGUGUUUGGAGCCUGAAGAAGUCAUUGGCCAGGCAUAGUCUACAAUUAGGAGUGCCUAUAGGUACUGUGUAUGAUGUUGUGCGUAAAAGACUUAAGUUAUGCGCCUACAAAUUGCAGCUGCUAUGUGAAAUAAAACCUACUGCUAA